AUGCUCUUAUUGAUGAUUAUGGUAUUCUCUCUUCUUGGGGGAGUGAAGAAGAUAAAAAAGAUUGUUGCAACUGGAGAGGAGUUGGGUGCAACAACCACACUGGCACUGAGAGGUAAGAUUAGUCAUUCAUUGCUUGAAUUGCAACAUUUGAAGUCUUUGGACCUCUCAAAAAAUAAUUUUCAUGACGACAUCACAAAGUUGAGGAACCUUUCUAACUUGCAGAAUCUUGAUCUUGGCUACAAUAAAGGUCUGGAGUGUGAAAAUCUUGAGUGGCUUUCUCAUCUUUCUUUAUUAAGUCACUUGGACCUUAGUGGUGUUGACCUCAGUAAAGCAAUCGACUGGGUUCAAUCUAUCAAUAAUCUCCCUCUCCUAAAAGAGUUAAGGUUAUCUUAUUGUACACUUCCUGCGAUCACUACUCAUCCCUCACUUCCUUUUAAUUCUUCUGCGUCUCUUUCUAUACUUGAUCUUUCUUGA